AUGGCAUCUCGAGAUGCCAUACUCAGACUCCCUGUCGCUCUCCGUCAAAGCGUCGUUACCUCCAGACCAAGUCUAGCUUCCCUCGCUCCUAGCUCGCCAUGCUCCUCAAGUCCUAGACCAUACGCCACAGAAACAACACAUGCGACACCUGAGAGCUCUGUCAACCACGAUGAAGUCUCCCACUUCAAUGCUAUGGCCUCUGACUGGUGGGAUCCUCAUGGCUCAAGCCGUCUCUUACACCUGAUGAACCCUCUCCGACAUCAGUUCAUACGACGCUGUCUAGCACCCGAUGGUCUGGAUCCGGACCGGAAGAUGCGGUAUCUCGAUAUCGGCUGCGGUGGAGGCAUCUUCGCGGAGUCCGCGGCUCGCAUGCGCAACGUUGAGUCUGUGACAGCCAUCGAUCCCACACCAGAGGUCUUAGCAGUAGCCAAGAAGCAUCGGCGGACAGAUCCACUACUGCUCGAGCCAGGCCGCUUGACCUAUCUUCAAACCUCGAUCGAAGGCCUUCAAACACCAUCAGAUAAGCAGUACGACGUGAUAUCUCUCUUCGAAGUAAUCGAGCACAUCCAACGACCGAAUCCAUUUCUCCAAUCCAUACUUAAACAGCUCAAACCAGGCGGCUGGCUCAUCGGCUCCACAAUCGCUCGGACACCGGUUUCAUGGUUCACCACCAAGUUCGUCGCCGAAGAUAUAUUGAGAAUGGUGCCAAGAGGCACGCACGAUUGGAACCAGUAUAUCCAGCCGCAAGAGAUGCGAGACUGGGCGAGAGGACAGAAGGAGCUGAAUACGUCUGAUGGUGUAGGUUGGCAUGUCAUGGGUGUGGUGUACGUGCCUGGGUUUGGGUGGAAGGAGGUCAAGGGAAGUGAGGCCUGGGGUAAUUAUUUCUUUGCGGUGAAGAAGAGGGAGGGAGCCGUGUAG